GGAUACUUCCGUCUUCCCAUCAUGCAAUAUGAAACAAAACAUGGCUGAAAGUCUUCAUAACAGUGCUGUUAGCUUGUGGAGGUGAACAGUGAGAAGGUAAGCAUUCAGGGAACACUGGACGUGUCGGAGCAUUUCGCACGAUGCCGAAAUAUUACGAAGACAAAGAGGAAGACAACAGAGCAUGCGCGGGAAUCAGGGAGGACUUCAAGGCCUGUCUCCUUCAGCACGACUGUGUGGUAAAGGAUGGGAAGCUGCCCAGUGAGUGUUUGAAGGAAGGCCAUUGUAAAGCCCUGCAGACAUCCUUCUUUGAGUGCAGAGGUCAAUGCUGGACACGAGAUCAAGAUUCAGAGGAAAGAAAGGAUACUGAGGAGCCGUCGAAAUUCCCCCACACGGGUGAAGAAUUACUGGAUCGACAAUUCCAAACACGGUUAUAA